AUGAAGGCGACGUUGCUUCUUGUACCUACGAAAAAGACAGAUGAUGUGAAUUGGGUUAAACCCAUCAACAACUACCUCCUAUCCAUUUAUGGUGAGACAUCUGAAUUUCAGCAAGACUUGGCCAGCUUCAAUAAGCUAAGGCAAGAUAUUCGAGGCGUGAACGCUGACAGUACCGGGAUUGGCUUGUAUUUUAAGUACUUCAGUCAAUUGGAGCUCUUGGAUUUGAGAAUUCCAAUUGCUACCGUCAACAGACAUAAGAAACUUAACUUUACAUGGUAUGACGCUUUCCUGCCUUCCGCCCAGCAUAAGCAAUAUGCUUUACCGUUUGAGAAGGCUGGUGUUCUUUUUAAUUUGGCCUCGUUGAUGCUGAAGGCUGCCAGUAUAAAAUAUAACGAGUCUCAGAAACUGUCGACUGCUGAUGACAGUGCUUUCAAGGAGGCCGUCCAGUAUCUUCAACAAGCCGCAGGUAUAUUCGACUUUGUUGGCGAAAGCUUCUUACAUGCUCCAUCAAAUGACCUUAAUCCAGCUACGGUGAAGUUCUUGAAGGGUGUUUGCUUGGCACAGAGCCAGGAAAUCUUUACCUUGAAGGUGAUCGAUGGUGAUUUGGAGCAGAAGAAGAACUCACUUAUUUCUAAGCUAUGCAAAAGCACUGCUACUCAAUACGAAAAUUGUUUUAGCAAUUGCAGCCAUCUUUUGAACAUUGACUCAUCGUCUCCGGCAGAUCAGUCAACUUUUGCAAUUGUUGAAGCUGGCUUAGACGAUGAUGAUGGGCUCGAUGACAUUGAGAACGACCCUUUGGAUGAGUAUAAUCCAGACAAACAAGGACUUCCAGAGUCGCAUGUUACUGCUAGGCUCGAUCCUUUCUGGGUCGCUGUGUUACAAGUCAAAUCCUUGUAUUACAAGUCAUUAUCAUACUAUUUCCAAGGGCUCCAGUUGGAAACAACUCAUAAGUAUGGUGAUGCUAUCGCAUACCUUUCGAAAUCUUUGGAAUCGAUCAAUGAGGUGCCCACAUCGAGUUUGAAAAAGAUCUCUAAAGCAGGAAGUGACGAUGCUUACGACCUCUUGGACAAUCUCAAAUACCACAAGGAUGCUUUGGAAAUCAAGCUUAAAGAACUUAACAAGGACAAUGACUUAGUGUAUCAUGAGAUUGUUCCGUCUUUGGUAACCUUGGCUGAACCUAAGCCUAUGGAUAGCUCCAAGAUAAUUCCAAUGAGCAAGAUUGAGCUUUUUGCAAAAAUCAACGAACAAAGUUACGACAAUUUCCUCAAAAACGUGGUUCCAAUGAAUAUCCAUGAGCUUUUAAGUUACUACUCCGAGGAGAAGUCUCAAUUCUUGAGAAAUGAGUUGGAUGAAGUUGAUGUGUCUAAUGAGGAACUUUCAUCUGUGUUGGAAUAUCUCAAGCUUCCUAAAGCUUUGGCAAACAUAAAAGAAAUUCUUCAAAACAACGAAUCUUUGAGUUCGGGCUCUACAUCGGAACAGUCCAUAGAUCCGGCAGUACUUGGUAAGGUCGAUGAGAUAUCUAUGAAGUAUCCCCAGGACUCUAAUAACCGUGCUAAGAUUUCCGACAUAAGAAACAGGAUUUUGACGACUGUUGGCGAGAGCGACGCAAUUUUAAAGGAGCUGUUUUCCGAGAGCUCUGCUCGUUUCAAGGAUGACUUGAUCAAGCUCAAGAGAGCAUUAUAUGAUGCAGCAAACUCAGACGCAAAGUUGUUUGCCUUGGUAGAUGUUGAAAGGAGUCUGCUUCAUGCUCUUCUUAGUAAAGGUACAAAUUCAAAAGAGUUCAAGAGUCUCUUUGAUGUCCCUAAGAGUGCAACCCUGAAAGAGCCCACCGAAGAGAUUAGCUUACUCGACAUGGAUGAUUCUCAGAUGAACGAUAUGAGCCAUGAAGGCCAAAUAUCUACCCUCGAAGACAUCUUGCACAACUUGAAUGUUCUCAAGUCUAAUAAGAAUAAGCUUGUGGAAAGGUUGAAAGAAGAGAUUCACAAUGACGACAUCUCAGAGAUCUUGAUGCUCAACAGCAAGGUGAAACUGCCAAACGAAAUAAAGUCUAUCAUUUUUCCUGAAGAACUUAAGAAGUUUGAGGUGUUUUCCCAGCAAUUAGAUGAUUUGAUCAAUGAGCAGAAGUCGUUGGUUAACGACCUUAAAGAGAAAUGGACUAAGCUCAGCUCCAAUCCGAAGGUCAAGGAAGUUCAGACGUCAAAGACUUUCCGUGAUGAGGUUGUGAAACAGCAAACUCAACGUAUCAAUGAUUUUUAUGAAAAUUAUUGGAGAAAAUAUUCUGUGGGAUUGGACAAAGGAGCGGAGUAUUAUUCAAAAUUAUUGACUAUGGCAGAAAAUCUAAAAAGAGCAAUUGACUCUGACAAAUCAAACUCGUUGUCCGAAUCGAUAAGCAGGAUGAAUCUCGGCGCUAAUUCUACCGGUGGUUCCACUUCGUCGAACCAAUUCUUCUCGUCUUAUAGAAGAGAUCAACAACCUCCAGCGCAAGCACCCCAAUCGUUCGCUCAAUAUAGCCCAUAUAACCAAGGUUCUUACGAACAGCAGGCACUGAUGAGUGGCUUUGGCCAGCCACCUUUGCAACCAGCUGGCACUGGUGGCCCACCCCCACCCCAACGCCUCGGUUCGGAUGCUAGUUUGAGGUCUUCCUAUUCACGUCCUGCUCCUGCGCUUCCUCCUAAAAGACCCAGUCUUACGAAUGAGGAGAGUACAAUUCCUCAGCAGCAUAGUUUUGGAGCCGCUCAGGGUCAAAACAAGCCUCAGACAUCCGGGGGAUUGAUUUACGAUGAGCCAUCCACAUAUCAGCCGAAUAUGUACGAUUUCUUCAAGAAGUGA